AAGUGGAGCCCGGGCAACUGACCUGUCGCUCAAACACGAAUCUGUUCAUUAAUUGGCUACCUGCCUGCCUUGCCCCGCCCUUCUUGGCUUGUUGCAGCGUUGAAAUGAUACCGUGGGAAAGCUUGACGCUUCAAACGGAUGAACCACAGGCUCACCUGACAGUCAGCGCUCAGUGAAAGACGCUCAAGACUCUUCUGAUUUCCCAGAUUUGUUCAGAAUGAAGAGAAAUCACGAUUUCAGUUCUUCGGACAGCGAGCUUGAUGAGAAUAUAGAAGUGGAGAAGGAAAGUGCCGAUGAGAAUGUUGGUAUGAACUCUCCGCUUGGAUCAAUGUCUCCUUCUACAACAUCUCAAGUACAAGCGAGGAAACGACGCCGAGGAAUAAUUGAAAAACGGCGCAGAGACCGCAUCAACAACAGCUUGUCUGAACUGCGAAGACUGGUUCCUAGCGCCUUUGAGAAACAGGGUUCGGCCAAACUGGAAAAAGCGGAAAUUUUGCAGAUGACGGUGGAUCAUUUGAAGAUGCUUCAUGCGGCCGGUGGCAAAGGUUACUUUGAUGCCCACGCUUUGGCCAUGGACUACCGUGGCCUGGGCUUCAGAGAGUGCCUUGCUGAGACAGCCCGGUACCUCAGCAUCAUCGAGGGCCUGGACAACACGGAUCCACUCCGCAUUCGGUUGGUGUCCCACCUGAACAACUAUGCCACCCAGAGAGAGGCUCACUCUGGUCUAGGUCACCUGGCCUGGGGCUCCGCGUUUGGGACCCCGCCGGGUCACCUGGCCCACCACCUGCUCCUACCGCCACAACAGCAGGGGGCACCGCUCACGCGCAGCGCCAGCAGUCCCCCGUCCUCAUCCUCGUCCUCUUCCUCGUCCUCUCCGCCUGCACCGUCCUCAGAGACCCAUGCCUCCAGCCGGCUGACUGGCACAGGGAUCAACGAGGCUGGGCACAGCGGACCACUGAGGAUGCCCCCUGGCACAGCCUUGCCCCCAGGGCUCACGGCGCCAUCCGCAUCCAAGCUCUCCCCACCCCUCCUCACAUCGCUGUCUGGCCUCGCCGCUUUUCCUUUCCCUCUGGGUGCCUUUCCGCUGCUCUCACCAGGCUCGCUGGGGCCCGCCACUCCUUCUUCCAGCCUGGGGAAGCCCUACCGACCCUGGAGCAUGGAGAUAGGGGCCUUUUGAACUCUGAUUCUAGCACUCGUGGAGCUGAGCCGGAUUUCCACGGACAGAGUGUCAGACCAGAAAUCACUUGCUUUCUGAAGUAUUGAAAGAAGAUGGACCUUAUUAGUGUGGAUUUGACAAAGUGGAAAGAAACACCAGAGAACUAAUGCGCAAGAGAAUUAGCUGUGUUGAUUUUUGAAAACAUUCUAUUUUCCCCUCCUCUGAGAGACACUUUUCUUUCUGGCUAAUCAGGGAUAGGUUCUACUGAUGGCCAGUCUUGUGUCCAUUAACUACAUAGCAAAACUGUUUUUUUAGUCUUUGAGUAGAACAGGGUGCUAUGCUGGUACAAGGUCCUGCCUUACUGUUAGGUCAGAGUGAGAGAGAGAGAGAGACAGAGAGAGAGAGAGAGAGAGAGAGAGAGAGAGAGAGAGAGAGAGAGAGAGAGAGAGAUGCGUGUUUUGGGGCUAUGGUACUGAUACAUCUAAAUGGCAGUCAGUGGGUGUAAUAAUUAGAACCAGUUGUUUAUCAGAAUGAAAAUAAAUCAUUUUGAAGUGUAGUUUAAAGUGAAAAGCAGAAUGUUUUCCACCCUUUGUCACAGUAUUUUAAUUUACAUCCUUAAAAUUAAUUUCUUUAAAGGUGUUUAGAAAUCUCAUGGCUCAAGGGUGAAAUAUAAAGCAAUUAUUGUACUCCUUCUCACAUCUUGGCAAGAUAUUAUAUUGUAUUUCAUUUGUAUUUGCUGACUCCAUGAAGCUAUGCAAUCUGGCAGUCUAUGGCUCAAAGGGUGUAUGAGUUUGACUGCAUGAGUUGGAGCUUUUCUUAUGUAAAACCUAUGCAACAGAACCUCUUUCUCAACUAAAUUAGAUUUUUUUUCUGUGACCUGCAGCAUUUUUCCAUUGCAUCUAUUUAUAUGAAACAUCAUGAACUGUAGUAGCCAGUCAUUGGACUCAAAUCACUGUAAACCCCAUUUUAAAUUGUGACAGCCGUUAACACUUUUUCUCACAGGACAAUCUAUUAAAAUGUCACUAAAUAAAUAACAUAAAAUAGCA